AUGGAUCAUCCAUGGGGAAACACUACCUUGUUUGGCCAUGAUCCGUCCGAAAGAUCUCAAGACUCUGAAUCAGAUGAGCAAUCCAAAUCUGGAGCGGUACCCACGCCGUACCAGGAGAUUGCCAAAUCACUAGAUCCAAUUGCUUCCAAGCAUGACAACCAUGAAGCAUAUCGAGCCCAGCAGGAGGCGCAGACUGACAGGGCGCUGGCUCUGCCCAGUGAUACUAUAAUUGACAAGCUUGAAGGGCAGAACAAAAUGUACCAAAAAGAGCGAGAGAACCUCCGCAACCUAGGUCAUUCCUUUCUGCUCGCUCUCUCCGAGGCAUUGGACCAAAAGGGUAUCUCCAUGGAGGAAAUCUUCCAAACUGCAGAAAAUAAAGGCAAAGAAAGAAAAGAGAAGAGAAGUUUUAACCUUGCAUCGGCGAAAGCAACCACAAUUUGUUACCUCUUGUGGGUGCCCAAUGUCACAGGGGGGGAUCUCAAAGCUGCUAUGGAUGAUAUUCCCAGCGGCUACAUGCCAAAGGAUAUAUAUCAAAAUUUUGCUGAUGCAAAGAAGCGUGAUAGUUAUCUCCUUCGUGGUUUUGCUUACUAUCUUCGCAACUUAGAUAUCACGCCAGAAGGCUUUGAGUUCGAAGAAAGUGACCUUGAUGAGAUCAUUCAAGAGGCCAAUAAUGCGCAGACAGAGACACUUGUCAAGGUGCGCAAAUACCUUGACAAGAUACUCGAAGGUCACGGAGAUAUUCCCGGAGAAUUGAACAAUGUCAAAGACCACAAUCCUACAAAGAAGGACACUCAGUUCCAUGCAUUGUUACAAACCAAGGAGGGUACAGAUCCCAUGAGAUCCAUGAGAUGUCCCUUAAUUCAGCUCUCAAAGAGCGAGCGCACCAACAAACUACUCUAUGAUGGUCUCUUUCAGACCCAAGCUGUUAUAAGAACGAUACGCCUUAUCAUUUUUGGGCCUAGCCAUAUUGAAAAGGCAAAUCUCAGAAGCACUAACUCCCUGACCUAUGCGGUGCAGUGGGGCCUUGGGAACAAAUCCCUGCCUGCCGGGCUCAUUGUUGCUGCUGCUACCAUUCUACACGGGGCAAUGGUCCGCAUGCAUGAAGGUGGAGAGAAUAAGAACAAGAGCAAGACCUCCGGCUUCCUUGAACCAUACCUUAAUGGCCGCAAGUUCAUUGAUGAUGGUGCUCCCGAAAUAAAAGACCAGUUCCUACGCUCCAUGACCAAACAAGUCUGUGGGAAGGAGAUACUGGUCUUCCCAGAGACAAGACGUCAGCCACGGAGGUCGACUUCGCGAAGCACUCUGCACUCCCGGACGCAGAGCAGGUCUAGAGUUCGGGCCUCCAAGAGUGUAGACUCUAGAAGCAGGAAUGCAACCAAUGACGGAGAAUCGGAUGAUUCUUACUCUGAGAGCGUGCAUGACAAUGGCAAUAUACUACCUGAUACAUUCGUAGGCGAAGUUCCGCAUGGGACACUAGGCCUCGACAAAGAAGGGAAUCGGUCUUCAAUCGAGUACUCGGAGCCUGUUCGCUUCCAGAGUAGCCCAUACCCGACCUCCAUUGAGACGGGUAUCAAUAACCACAAGCAGGGAGAAACGCGUGGCUCCCUGGUUCAGAUGCGUUCGCCCAUGAAAACAAUCAAGCCUGGCUCUCGAUCUCUCCCUUCUCGAGAAUCAGACGCGCAAGCCACCCAGUUCGGGUCGUCCGCCUCCGUACAAAAGCCACAUACCACUACCCAUGCUACUAAUCUCACUUCAUUAUCUAUGGAAGCCAAUACACCUCAGAGGAAGAAAGGCAAGCGAAAGAGGAAUUCUAGUCAGAAUCAGCCGAAGCAAAUCGAUCCCAGACAGCCCAAAAGAAAAAAGCCUCUAAGUGAGAGGUAG